GUCAGUUCUAAAUUUAACCUUCUCGGACUGAUUUGUCAUAUAUCAUUUUCCCAAUAUCCUUCUGUUUUUCAUAUCGGAACAAGUUUUGCAAAUUUGAAUACGGUUCUAUCACGAAUAAAAAGUGAUUUCCAUACAUCGAAUACCUUAGCGAUCAUCGAAUUUAUCGUAGUGCGGUUCGGAAAAUUACUGUGGUGUUGUGUUUGAAUUUUUUCCGAUUUUCCUAUAAAUAUGCCCGUGUUUCACACAAAGACAAUCGAGUCUAUUUUAGACCCAGUUGCACAACAGGUAUCAAAAUUGGUCAUACUCCAUGAAGAAGCUGAAGAUGGGCUUCCAAUGCCAGACCUUCAACAACCAGUCAGAUCGGUUAGCAAUGCAGUCCUUAAUUUAGUGAAGGUCGGUAGAGAGACAAUAAACAGUUCAGAUGAUCAGAUACUGAAGCAAGACAUGCCAGGAGCUCUGGUUCGUGUAGAAAGAUCAUCUAAACUGCUGGAAGAAGCAUCUAGAAUGCUCAAAGAUGAUCCAUACAGUUCACCAGCCAGGAAACGAUUGAUAGAUGGAAGUGGGGGCAUUUUACAGGCUACCUCAGCCCUUUUGUUAUGCUUCGAUGAAUCUGAAGUUAGGAAAAUAAUCAGGGAAUGCCACAGGGUGUUGGAUUACCUUGCCGUUGCUGAAGUUAUCGAAACUUUGGACGAACUGGUACAGUUUUUGAGAGAUCUGAGUCCUUGUCUGAGUAGGGUAUCCAGAGAAGUCAGCGCCAGAGAGAAAGAGCUAACCCAUCAGGUACAUGCUGAGAUCUUGGUACGUUGCUUGGAACAAAUAAAAACCCUGGCCCCAAUUUUGAUCUGUUCGAUGAAGAUCUACAUUCAUAUCGUCUCUCAAGGGGGUAAGGGGGCCGAAGAGGCUGCGGAGAAUAGGAAUUACCUGGCUAUGAGGAUGACGGAUGAGAUAAACGAGAUUAUUAGGGUACUCCAGCUGACGAGCUAUGAUGAAGAAACUUCGGAACUGGACAAUUUGACUGUGCUGAAGAAAUUGCAGAACGCUAUUCAGAAUAAAAUCAACACCGCUAACGAUUGGUUGCUGGAUUCCAAUGCGGUUAAGGGAGGAAUUGGGGAAAAAUCGGUUAGACAGAUCAUAGAAGACGCCCAGAAAGUUUCCCAGAGAUCUUUGCCCCACGAUUCAAACGCAAUCAACAAGCUGUGCUCCGAAUUAACCACCAUGACGGAUGCCUUGUGCGAGCUAAGACAAGAUGGCAAGGGUAACACGCCCCAAGCUGAAUCGUUGGCCAGGGGCAUCAGGGAGAAGUUGGGAGAUUUACAGCAGGCCGUUCUCCAUGCUGUCGUUGCAGUCGACAAGACGGGUCUGCAACAGACUGCUCAUACCGUACAAGGAAGGUUGGAGCAAGCCAGGAAGUGGUUAUCGAACCCCGGACAGGACGAUAAAGGUUUGGGACAAAGGGCCAUAGCCUUGAUCGCUGAGGAGGGAAGGAAAGUCGCGAACGGCCUCCCGGGCGUGCAGAAAUCCGAGGUGCUGCAGCUCUGCGACGAGGUGGAGGGCCUGUCCCAUCAGCUGUCCGACCUGUGCGCCCAGGGCAGGGGAGACGGCCCCCAGGCCCACGAGCUCGCCCGCCGCCUGUCGCAGAAGCUGCACGAGCUGAAGGAGAAGAUCAACCAGGCGGUGGUGAACAGGGUGGUGGAGGAUUUCAUCGACAUCGUCACGCCCCUCAAGCAGUUCACGGAGGCGGUGCUGGCGCCGGAGGGCACCCCCAACAGGGACCAGAAUUUCUCUGACAGGGCAGCGAACCUGCAGCAGUUCUCCAAUAGGGCAGUGAAGACGGCCAAGAUGGUGGCUGCCGGUGGUAGCGGGGGUAACAAGAAGCUGGCUGAGUCUCUUCAGAGCGCUGCCAACCAGGUGGAGAGCCUGACCCCCCAGUUGACCUCGGCGGGAAGCAUCAGGAUGAACUACCCCUCUUCCAAGGCAGCCGAUGAGCACUUUGAGAACCUUAAGAAUCAAUAUGCAGACACCCUGACCAAAGUUAGGAAUCUCUGCGAUGAAGCCACGGAUUCAGCAGAUUUCGUCAAGGCUUCAGAGGAACAGAUGAGGAAGCACACUUUCCUCUGCGAGGAGGCCAUUAAGAACAAGCAGCCCCAGAAGAUGGUGGACAACACCUCGGCCAUAGCUCGGCUGGCCAACAGGGUGCUACUGGUGGCCAAACAGGAGAGUGACAACUCUGAAGAUCCCAAUUUCAUCGAUGACGUGAACAGGGCCUCCGACAACCUGCAGAAUUGCGUACCACCGAUGGUUCAGGACGCAAAAUUGGUUGCCAUUAACCCAUCAGAUGCUAACGCGGCUUCAAGAUGGAGAGAAUCGAAUAAGAUCUUGUUGAAUGCGGUGGGAGAUGUGCGUAAGGCUGUCCAGAUAAACCCAGAACUACCCCCAUUACCCGAUAUGAAUUCCCUUCAUUUGGAGCCCCCUGCACAUACAUACUUUGUCGAUAAAGUGGGAGAAUCGAUGAGGAGAACGCCGACGCCUGGAGAAAGAAAUUUGGGGACCCUGAGCCCCACUCAGCCCCACCAACAGGGCAGGGUUAGCCCUUUGCCCAAGUGGGCCAGAGGGGAGAAUUCAGAUUUGCUCUGCCAAGAACUUUUACCGAAUCAGAACGAAAGAGAUGAGGCGCCCCCCAGGCCCCCACUACCCAGGGACGGGGCCCCAGUGCGUCCACCUCCCCCUGAAACAGACGACGAAGACGACGUCUUCAAGCACGCUCCAAGUUCCAGCCAACCCAUAAUGGUGGCUGCUCACAACCUACACAGGGAGGUGAGACAGUGGUCGGCUAAAGAUAACGAACUCAUCGCUGGUGCUAGAAGGAUGGCCGUUCUGAUGGCCAGGUUGUCGGAGCUGGUCCAUAACGAUGACAAGGGGAGUAAGAGGGAGUUGAUAGCCACCGCCAAGGCUAUAGCGGAUGCCAGUGCUGAUGUCACUAGGAUAGCUAAGCAAUUAGCUAGAGAAUGCACGGAUAAGAGGAUCCGUACUAACCUGCUGCAGGUAUGCGAAAGAAUACCCACCAUCGCUACCCAGUUGAAGAUUCUGAGCACCGUCAAGGCCACAAUGUUGGGGGCCCAAGGCUCCGAGGAGGACAGAGAGGCGACCGAAAUGCUGGAGGGUAACGCGCAGAAUCUCAUGCAGAGCGUGAAGGAGACGGUGAGGGCGGCCGAGGGCGCAAGCGUGAAGAUUCACGCGCAGACUCACGGCCGUCUGCGAUGGGUCAGGAGGCAACCGUGGUACGCCUACGCCUAAGACCAGAGAUCCGAACCAAUUGAACAUUUGCCAUGUUUUCUAUCUUAAGGUAGCGUUUUUUAGCUGUUUACAAGAAUUGAUUCAAAGUAAGGGAUCAUACUGGACCUUUGGGAUUAAGGUCCGUAAUAUUAUUGAACAAUAACGUUGUUGGCUGAUUGUUGAAUGUUCAGUUGGUGCAUUUUAGUUUUAUUAUCAAUGUGUUCAGAGUUUGAUGAUUUUUUUAUACGGUCUGGAUUUUGAUUCUACAGGUUGAAGGCUUUAAAAGCUUAUUUAUUUGAGUGCUUGCUUCGUCAGAGUUUAGAUUAUACGUUGUAAUCACUUAUCCGCAAUAAAAUUCAGUCGUAGACCGACUUCAACUUGUAGAACGACCGGUUUAAGAGCCUUGUUGAUAAAAAUAUUUUACAGACUUAAACCAAGUACGUUUCCUAAUUUAAGCCUUUCAUAACAUAUCUGUGACAUUAAUUUUUAACGAUUUGGUUUAAUCAAUAACUUUUUUGAUGAUUUUUUCGCGAUAUAUUAAAUGUACGAAAUGUUAAAGAAGAUAAUAAGCUAGAAAAACAUAGAGACUUAGAACUUGCCUUGCUAUAUUUUAUAGAGAUAUUUUUAUAAGCUUUACAUAUUCAGAUGGAAGUGCAAUAGGUGCCAAAUUAUGUUUUUUGAAGGGUCCGUAACGGCCACUUGAAAUGUACAGGGUGGGCAAAAUUCGUUGUCCACCAAGGGGAUCUCAAGAACUAUAAGAGCUAGAAGAAAAAGGAAAACACAUUUUUGGAGCUUUUUUUUUUCAGAUAAAUGAAGAAUGGUGAUAACCGUGGCGUCCUACGAUUCGUUGUUUUUGAGUUAUUGGGAAAGAGUGAGAUUUUGACGUUUGAAAAAAGUUCUCAUAGCUUUUUCGUCUUUGAAGUUACAGAUUUGAAACUUCCACCUUCUACAGGCACUUUUAUACGUAGAAUCUAUUGAGAAAAGACAAAUUCAAUAAAAGUUCCUAAUUAUUCGAAAAAAGUGUCUGGAGAAGGUUCAAGCUUCAGAUCGGUGACUUCGAAGACAAAAAAAUUAUUAGAACUUUUCGAAAUCGGCCAAAUCUUAUUUUUUGCUUAUAUAACUUAAAAACCAAGAAUUGUGGGAGGCAGAUCACCUCGGUAGACUAAGAAUUUUGCCCACCCUGUACUGUUUUUAUCGAGGAACACCAAUCGUUACGGUCCCAUUUGUUUCAACGCUGUCUUUGAGAGGAUCUAAAUAUUUGUUGGGACAUGCUUUUUUAUAUACACAUAAAUAUGUUUUAAAUAGUUAAUUGUCCGUUUUUAUAUUAAUGAUAUUUACAUGUAUUUUAUUUAUAUAAACGAAUUGUAAUUGGAGUGAAACUUAUGUAAUUUAACAAAUAAAUUAAUAUACAAUA